AUGCUUUCAAGGAAGGUGGUGGCCAGUUUGCUCCUGGUCUACAUGGUGUCUCUGCUGGCUGAACAGACCGAAGGCUUCAUGCCCUUCUUCACCCACAGUGACUUCCAGAAAAUGCAGGAAAAGGAGCGGCACAAGGGAGGGCAGAAGAAGUCCCUGAGCUCACUGCAGCAGCUGGAUGAGGAAGGAUCCUCUGAGCAAUCCAGGGCAGAUGUCAACAGGGUCAAGACCAUCCAG